AUGAAUAUUGAAGAACCAUUAUUAAAAGAUCCAUUAGCUGUUCAUCGAGCUCAGAAUCAUUAUACUCAACUACUUUGGAAUUAUUUGAUUAGUAAACAAGGUGAAUCACAAGCAUGCAAACAUUUUACUCAAUUACUAUCUGCAAUGUUUCAAAUACGAUCAGUAUCGAAAAACUCUCAAGAAUUUAUUCGUUGUCAAAUGAUAUCAUCCAAUGUAGUCGAUCAAAUUGCACCAGUUAUGCAGUCUGUUCUUCAUAUUUCUUAG